AUGGUCCUGUCAUGCUUUCUUCUCCUCGAAACCUCUCCAAGAGCCCGUCUCACUGCAGAUAUCAUCCCUGUUCCGCCGGGCUCGAACGCGCAAGCGCACAUUGAGACUAUACGUACCAAGAUCUUGGAGAACACCAGCAAGAGAAGGCGCUUCUUCAACAAAUACGUCUUAUUUCAGAAACCCUCGGUAUGGAUUGCCAGGCUGCGACCGGUCACAGUACAUGAUCUCUCGUUGCUUCCUCCUCUGAAAGCGUUGGUACAGAAUACCGCUCUUGAUGAGACUCUGUCCGAGGCCAUCAACGAUCCAGACUCUCCAGAACAUACCUUCUACAACCACAUGUACGCUCUCUAUGACAACGUCUUUACCGAAUUAGAUGAGCAGAAUGAUACCAUCGUCCUCCCGCAGCAGGCCUUGCUGGUCCGAUACGAAACAUCUCCAAGAGUAAAACGUGUCUUCGCGGGCGUCGGGUCGGUGAUUGGAGGGUUGGCUAUCAUGGCUGUCAAGCUCGGAGAGGGCCCUUGA